GCGAAAUUCGUACAAAACACGGCUUCUGAAGCGAGCUGCAGAAACAAGAGCUUCACUAAGCAAUUAAAGCAUCAAGAAGAUCACCAUUAAAUUCGUGAAAGAUCUCAUACACGGCGUAACCAUAUCAGCUAAGCGAGAUAUAUAUACAUAUCUUUAUAUAUAUCUAUAUAAAUAAAUCUAUUAAUGGGUCUGCUAGAACGAAGGAAAGCAAUCGAAGAUGAAAUCGCGCGAACGCAGAAGAAUAAAAAGACGGAAUACCACAUCGGUCGCCUGAAAGGGCAGCUCGCGCGUAUUCGAACGGAGAUGUUGGAAAACGCCGCGAGGGCGGCGGGUGCGAAAGGCGGCGACGGCUUUGACGUUCGCAAGAGCGGCGAUGUUCGUGUUGCGUUGGUAGGUUUUCCGUCGGUCGGGAAGUCAUCUUUUCUCUCGCGGGUGACCGAGACAGAGAGCGAGGCAGCCGGCUAUGAAUUUACGACAUUGACGUGCAUCCCAGGGAAGUUAGUUCACAAGGGAACGGAAAUUCAGAUACUCGAUUUGCCUGGUAUCAUCGAAGGGGCUGCGGAAGGAAAGGGGCGUGGUCGCCAGGUUAUCGCGACGGCGCGGACUGCAGAUAUGAUUAUUCUGAUGAUAGACGCGGCCAAGGCAGAGGUGCAGCGUGGUAAAAUUGAAAAUGAGCUAGAAAUGGUUGGGAUUCGACUCAACCAAUGCUAUCCUAACGUGACCUUCAAGAAAAAAGCAUCCUGCAGCAUGAAUGCGAUCAGCUACAGCUCUAACACGAAGCAAACCAAGGGCAUGUCGGAGAGCAUGGCGAAGGAAAUACUCAAGGACUACGGCAUUUUCAACGCCGAAGUCGUCCUUCGAGAGGAUAUCACCAUAGAUCAGUUUAUCGAUGUCAUUGAGGGAAAUCGAAUCUACAUGCCUUGUUUGUAUGUUUACAACAAGAUCGACUCCAUCACAAUUGAGGAGAUGGAUCGUCUGAGCAGGAUGCCUCAUUCUGUUGUGUUAUCGCUGCAGUGGGAUCUUAACGUGGAGGAAGUCAUCGAUGAGGUUUGGGAGCACCUCAACAUUAUUCGCAUUUACACGAAAAAAAAAGGCAAUCCACCUGAUUUUUCUAAACCCUUCGUAACGAAGCGAAACUCAACCGUGGAGUACAUCUGCAAGCGUAUCCAUAAGGAUAUUGUAUCGCGUUUUAAGUACGCCUUAGUGUGGGGGACGAGUGCGAAGCACGCACCUCAGCGGGUUGGUAUCAAUCACGUCCUCGAGGAUGAGGAUGUAUUGCAGAUUCUGCUCAAGACGGCGAAUGAAUAA